UCGCGGGCAGGGGCGGGCAGGGGAGCGGCCCCCGCCCCCAGGGCGCCGUGUCCCGGCGGGAGGAGGAGGAGGAGGAGGCAGGAGAAGGCUCGGUAGCCCGGGGAGGUGGGGCCGGGGCAGGUGCCAGGGGAGGCAGGAAGGGGCGGGCAGGGCGCUGCCCGCUCCUCGCCAUUGGGAACCGGCCGCAGGCAGCGGCGGAGCCCGCCCGGCCGGAGCGCAGAGCCGUGGCGCUCGGAGGAGGGUCCCGGAGCGCAGCAGCCGAGCCGAGUCCCGACGGAGAGAGGUGGCUGCCCCGCAGCCCUCAGCGGAGCCCCGGCUGGGGACCCGGAGCCCGGCUGAACCGCAGCGCAAAGUCCCGUCCGAGGCGAGCACCGGAGCCCGGCUGAGCGCCGCAGCAGAGCCCCGGUGGAGGAUCCCAGAGCCCGGCUGAGCCCCGCAGCAGAGCCUCGGCGAAGCGUCCCGGAGCCCGGCUGAGCCCCGCAGCAGAGCCCCGGCGAAGCGUCCCGGAGCCCGGCUGAGCCCCGCAGCAGAGCCCCAUCUCGGACGCCUCUGAACCUCCCCGCAAAGUCCCAUUGGAGCGUCCCGGAGCCCGGCUGAGCCCCGCAGCGGAUCUCGGUCGGAGCGUCCUGGAGCCCCGCUGAACGCCGCCGCAAAGCUCCGUCAGAAGGUCCCAUAGCUCGGCUGAAUCCCACCGCAAAGUCCCGUCGGGACUUCCCGGAGCCCGGUGAGCCCUGCAGCGGAGCCUCGCCGGAGGGUCCCGGUGCCCGGCAGCAGAUCCCCGUCCGAGGGUCCCGGAGCCCCGCUGAACCCCACGGCAAAGCCCCAUCGGAGGGUCCCGGACCCCCGCUGAACCCCACGGCAAAGCCCCAUCGGAAGGUCCCGGAGCCCCUCUGAACCCCACGGCAAAGCCCCAUCGGAGGGUCUCGGGGUCCGGUCUGGGCAGCCGCUUGUGCCGGAGCCCGCUCGGAGGAGGCUCCCGGAGCCCGCGGGACCCUCGGUGAGCGGCGGUGCCCGGGGGCUCCCCCCCCCCGGUCCCUCCAUGGACUGAGAUGGCCUCGGAGCUGGCCAUGAGCGCGGAGCUGCCCACGAGCCCCCUCGCCAUCGAGUACGUGAACGAUUUCGACCUGAUGAAGUUCGAGGUGAAGAAGGAGCCGGCGGAGGCGGAGCGGCUGUGCCACCGCCUGCCCGCCGGGUCCCUGUCGUCCACCCCGCUCAGCACGCCCUGCUCCUCCGUGCCUUCCUCGCCCAGCUUCUGCGCUCCCAGCCCCGGUGGGCAACCGGCCCCCGGCCCCCCGGCUACCACGGCCGCUUCCCUGGGCUCCAAACAGCAGCUGGAGGAGCUGUACUGGAUGUCGGGUUACCAGCAUCACCUCAACCCCGAAGCUCUCAACCUGACGCCGGAGGACGCGGUGGAGGCGUUGAUCGGUGCCCCUCACCAUCAUCAUCAUCACCACCAAGGGUACGAGCCCUUCCGACCUCAGCCCUUCGGGGGUGAGGAGCUGCCGCCGGCCGCGCAUCACCAUCCCGGCCAUCACCAUCAUCAUCAUCACCACCUACGCCUGGAGGACCGGUUCUCCGACGAUCAGCUGGUGAGUAUGUCCGUGCGGGAGCUGAACCGGCAGCUGCGGGGCUUCAGCAAGGAGGAGGUGAUCCGCCUCAAGCAGAAGAGGAGGACCUUGAAGAACCGGGGCUACGCUCAAUCCUGCCGCUACAAGCGGGUCCAGCAACGGCACAUCUUGGAGAACGAGAAAUGCCAACUGCAGAGCCAGGUGGAGCAGCUCAAGCAGGAGGUGACCCGCUUGGCCAAGGAAAGGGAUCUGUACAAAGAAAAAUAUGAGAAGUUGGCCGGCCGGGGCUUCCCGCGGGAGCCCUCCCCAUCCACCGCCCCGAAAGCCGCCGCUGACUUCUUCAUGUGAGCCGGGCUGGUGGGAUGGGGUGGGAUCCCCUUUUUUUUUUUUUUUUUUUUUUCCUCAUGCGGGGAGAGAGCAAACCCGCCGCUUAUAUUUAAAAAGAAAAAAAAAUGGAAAAAAAUUAAUAUUAUGAAGUCCCCACUCAAAUUUUGGGGAGGGGAAGUUGAACUCCCUCCCUCCCACCAUGCA